GUUUUGUUAUUAUUUUAUUUUGUUUACUUGUGUUUAAAACAUGAAUAAUGAGUGGCCGGCAGACUGGAAUGCCGACGAGGAGUUUGACGAUGCUGAUCUGGCCAUAUUGGACUCACAAACGACAAGAAAUGAAGCGAAGCCGGCAGCGCAACAAACGUUUGAUGGCGACGUAGAUUACGAUGGAUUUGAUGCAGCUGCAGGACAUAACUGGCUAUAUCCCAACAAUUUGCCACUGCGCACAUAUCAGCAUAAUAUAGUGCAGGCAGCGCUUUAUCGCAAUACGCUGGUGGUGCUGCCCACAGGACUGGGCAAAACAUUUAUAGCAGCGGUGGUAAUGUACAAUCUACAUCGCUGGUAUCCAAAGGGCAAGCUGAUAUUUAUGGCGCCGACGCGACCGCUAGUGUCACAACAAAUAGCAGCAUGUCAAAAGAUAAUGCCAUUUCCAGCGGAGGAUACAGUGGAGCUAACAGGCAGACUGCAGCGCGUGAAGCGCUUGGAACUGUGGCGCAGCAAACGCGUAUUCUUUGCCACGCCGCAAGUGGUGCAGUCGGACAUAGUGGAGGCGGAGUUUCCCUUUCAACAGAUCAAGCUGUUGGUUAUAGAUGAAGCGCACAGAGCCAAGGGGCGUUAUGCCUACACGCAGGUAACUGAAUCAUUGAUGGCGCGUAAUCGCAACUUUCGCGUGCUUGCGCUGUCUGCUACGCCAGGACGGCAUGUGGAGGAUGUGGCUGCUGUAUGUCGCAAUUUAUACAUUUCCCACUUGGAGGUGCGCUGUGACAACUCCAUAGAUGUGCAGCCCUAUACGCAUAAGCGGCAGCUACGCACCAUAGUGGUGUCACUCAAGGACAAUAUAAAGGAACCACGCGCACGUUUGCUGCAGCUUAUAGAUCCGUAUCUGCGUCAGCUUAUACAAGCGGAUGUGCUUAAAGCGCGCGCCAAUUUAUCACGCGCAGCGCUGCUGCAUGAACGCACGCGUUAUCAGGAGCGCGCUGCAAAUGGACAGCGUCAUCCGGAGCAUAGUUUAGUGGUCAGCAACUUUGCCAUGUGCAUAAGCAUGUACUAUGCGCUGGAGCUGCUGGAGCGGCAUGGACUGCGUGUGUUUGUCAACAGCUUUGAGCAGGAGGAUAAGUUUGUGCUGCGUGACAAUGCGCUGCGUGAGCUGGUGGAGCAAGUGCGUGCGCAGCUGGGCGCUAAUCCUUUCGAUAUUUCCACGCGUCCCAUGACUAAUGGACAAAUAGCGCCCAUGCCUGCCAAGCUGGACUUUGGACAUCCCAAAUAUGAACAGGCGCGUGAGGUUAUAGUGCAACAUUUUGAGCAACACAGCGAAACACGCGCCAUAGUGUUCUGUGAAUAUCGCGAGUCGGUGAUGUUGAUACAACGUUUGCUGCUGCAACAUCGUCCGCUGGUGCGCUCGCGCUGCUUUGUAGGCCAAAGCGCCAAUGGCGGCGGCAUUUGCGCUUUGACACAAAAGGAACAAAUACAAAUAAUGAAUGAUUUUCGCAGCGGCGUGCUGAAUCUGCUGGUGGCUACUUCCAUAGGCGAGGAGGGAUUGGAUGUAGGCGAGGUGGACUUUAUAGUUUGCUUUGACAUUUGCAGCUCCAAUCCCACGCGCUUUGUGCAGCGCAUUGGACGCACGGGCAGACAAAAGAAGGGCGAGGUGGUAAUGCUGGUUACAGAAGGACGCGAGCAGCAGCUGCUUAAGGAUGUGCUGGCCACUAAGGAGCAAACCAAUCGCAAACUGCUGCAGUCUACAGUUAUAAAAGCAGCGCUAUAUGAGCAGGCGCCGCGUCUGGUGCCGCCGCAGUUUCAGCCCAAGUGCGAGCAGCGCUUUAUGGAGUCCACUAAGCCAGUUAUAAAGUCACCAUCGCCCAAGAAGCAAAAGCUGCCAAAGGACUGUCAGGAUUUGCGUAAAUACUUCAAGCAAAGCGAGGAGCGUUUUCUAAAGAAUACGCCUAGUUAUGAAGUAGGCGCUGCCUCCCAGCUGCUGCUGCAAAAGGAACUCCAAAGACGCAGCGCAGGCGUGCAAAACUUUUUAGUGGAAACGCAAACAACUGAAGCAGACAAUUCCCAACAACGCCUGCGUCAGCUGCUGCGUUUGCUGCAGUCAAACAAACCUUUGGUUGCAGAAUCGCAGCGCAGUCAGGAUUUGCUUUGCCAGCUGCAGGAUAAGCAGCUGCCGCUUGCUUUAAAGCGCGUGCUGUUGCAACAUAAUGCAAAAUUUGUUGCCGAAACGCAGCAGAAAAUGCUGCAACAACAGCAGCUGCAGCUGGAUGCAGCGCGUCUUAAUACGCGGCAGCAACGCACGCGACGCAACUACGAGUUGCUGCUGGAAAUAUGCCAAGGUGAGCAGGCUUUGGAGCAGCUGCUGUCAGCACAGAGCAGCGCAGAGCCGCAACAACAGCAGCAGCAACAAUUUGCAGCAAAUUGUGAGCUUAUAUUUAAAGGACUAAAGCCACAAGAUGUUUGCAAUGAUAAUUAUGAGCUGCUGCAGCAGCAGUUGGUGCAGCUGGAGCAGCGACAAUUGGAGCGCACGCUUAGAGAGCAAGCAGUUGAUACUGACAGUGAGCUGGAGCAUUCAUGGGAGCAGCCUGACGAGCAAAGCGCUUGGCAGCAGUAUGAGGAGCAACACUUUGAGCCCAUUGCCAGCGCUAGUUCAACGCCGCUGCAAGUAAAAUGCACGCCCAAUGUGGAGCUUAGCACAAAUCUAAGUCGCCUCAACUGUCUUAUGCUUGAAGCCAGCACACCCAAGUGCAAGCCCAAGCAGGAAGCGCAAGCUGUAACACCCGAACUGGACUUGGAUUUAAAUGACUUUUUGGAGCCGCUGCCCGAAGAGCAGCUGCUGCAGUUAUCCGCCUGCAAAGAGAAUCAAGCGGGCAUGUCAACGCCACGCAAUAGAUCACCCGAUCUGUUCGCUGAGGAUUGCAGUCUGUCGCCUUGGCAACCUGCAAAGCCCAAAAGUUUAGCUGCCAAGCUGUCAGCCAAGCUGCCAGUUAACAAAACACCCGAGCGCAUUAAAGCUGCAACUCAACAACAACAACAACGUUCGCCUAGCAUAUUCGAAAGCUAUUUGCAGCGCAUGCGUGGGCGUGGCAAGCUGUCCAAGGAGGCGCAGCAGCUGCAUGAGCUUACCAGCAAUGCGCAGCAAGAGGAUUCGCCGCUGCUGCGUCCCAAGCGCACAGCUAAGCGUAAAAUUUGUGAUGUAAGCGCGGAGGAGCAGCUGAGCGAUGAGCUUGACUACGAGCAAGUGCCUGCCACACAGCUGUUGGAACUUACGCCGCCCAAAUGGCCACGACAGCGUCGGCCCAAGCCACGCAACGCUUUUAUACUAGACGAAGCUGAUCAAAGUGGCUCAGAUCAUGAGGAAGCAGCUGAUGCGGAGAAUACCAUUGGCUGUUAUCUGCACGAUUCCGUUGUCGUAUCCAGCGAUGAGGAUCAGCACAAUGAUACCAACAUGCAUGCCAUUUAUCUACAGGGUAUAAGAAGUCCCAUAAAGCGCGCUGGCGCCUUUAAAAUACUCGAGCCACGCACCUACGAUGUGUCCCAGAUUUACUCACAAGCUGUGGAAGCGGAGCCCUCACAGUAUUUGCCCUGCUCGUUUAUAGCGGAUGAGGAGAGCGCGCUGCUGGAGCAGGCACAUGAUAUAAGCGAGUGUCCUUUGGAGCGUGCAGAGCGCAUUUUAAAGGAGCAGCGACGGCAGCGCAAGCGCGACAAAGCCGAAGGCGCAACACAGCCCAAGCGCAGACGCAUACAAACUAUAGUCGAUUCCAGUGAUGACGAUGAUGAUAUUAUAAUGCUAGACUAAACUAUAUAUAAAGCAGUGUUUUGAUAAUUUUAAGUUUAUUUUUAAACGCUUAAUGUAUAAAUUAAUACUUUGGUGUGCAUUGUGUGUGGGCGCAGCCUGUAAAUGAAACAAUAAAUGUACCUUAUAGUUUAUAAGCUUAAC